GUCCCGCUUUACUCCUCCUCUUCCUCCUCCUCCUCCCGCGGCUUCUGCGCCGGGAGGCGUUGCCCCGGCUCUGGGGUUUGGAAGAGGGAUUUUGGUGCAAAGACAGAAGGCGAAUUUAUCCUCGAGGGAAUGACGAGAAGAAUGAGAUCUGUUCUGUAAUCCGUGGAGACGAUAGACAAGUCAAAGUCAACAUCGAGGCAGCUGAGCUCCCAGAGGAAUGUCAAUCUGCCUGUCUUGAGGACUUGUCAAUGGCCUGUUUCUUAAAAGACAGAAGAAUGGAGGAAUCAGUGAACCAGAUGCAACCACUGAAUGAGAAGCAGAUAACCAAUUCCGAAGAUGGAUAUGUAUGGCAAGUCACUGAUAUGAAUCGACUACACCGGUUCUUAUGUUUUGGUUCUGAAGGUGGGACUUAUUAUAUCAAAGAACAAAAGUUGGGCCUUGAAAAUGCUGAAGCUUUAAUUAGAUUGAUUGAAGACGGCAGAGGAUGUGAAGUGAUACAGGAAAUAAAGUCAUUUAGUCAAGAAGGCAGAACGGCAAAGCAGGAGCCUAUGCUCUUCGCACUUGCCAUUUGUUCCCAGUGUUCUGACAUAAGCACAAAACAAGCGGCAUUCAAAGCUGUUUCUGAAGUUUGUCGCAUUCCUACACAUCUGUUUACUUUUAUCCAGUUUAAGAAAGAUCUAAAGGAAAGCAUGAAAUGUGGCAUGUGGGGCCGUGCCCUCCGGAAGGCUAUAGCAGACUGGUACAAUGAAAAGGGGGGCAUGGCCCUUGCUCUGGCAGUUACAAAGUAUAAACAAAGAAAUGGCUGGUCUCACAAAGAUCUAUUAAGAUUGUCACAUCUUAAACCUUCCAAUGAAGGACUUGCUAUUGUAACCAAAUAUAUUACAAAGGGCUGGAAAGAAGUCCAUGAAUUGUAUAAAGAAAAAGCACUUUCUGUGGAGACUGAAAAAUUAUUAAAGUAUCUGGAGGCUGUAGAGAAAGUGAAACGCACAAAAGAUGAACUGGAAGUCAUUCAUCUAAUAGAAGAGCAUAGAUUAGUUAGGGAACAUCUUCUAACAAAUCAUUUAAAGUCUAAAGAGGUAUGGAAGGCUUUGUUACAAGAAAUGCCUCUUACUGCAUUACUAAGGAAUCUAGGAAAGAUGACUGCUAAUUCAGUGCUUGAACCAGGAAAUUCAGAAGUAUCUUUAGUAUGUGAAAAACUGUGUAAUGAAAAGCUGUUAAAAAAGGCUCGCAUACAUCCAUUUCAUGUUUUAAUUGCAUCAGAAACUUAUAAAACAGGUCAUGGGCUCAGAGGAAAACUGAAGUGGCUCCCUGAUGAAGAAAUUUUGAAAGCUCUGGAUACUGCUUUUUAUAAAACAUUUAAGACAGUGGAGCCUACUGGAAAGCGUUUCUUGCUGGCUGUCGACGUCAGUGCAUCGAUGAACCAAAGAGUUUUGGGCAGUGUGCUCAACGCUAGCACAGUUGCAGCAGCAAUGUGUAUGGUUGUCACACGAACAGAAAAAGAUUCUUAUAUAGUUGCUUUUUCAGAUGAAAUGGUACCUUGUCCAGUGACUACAGAUAUGACAUUACAACAGGUUUUGAUGGCUAUGAAUCAGAUCCCAGCAGGUGGAACUGAUUGCUCUCUUCCAAUGAUCUGGGCUCAAAUGACAAACACAGCUGCUGAUGUCUUCAUUGUCUUCACUGAUAAUGAGACCUUUGCUGGAAGUGUCCAUCCUGCUGUUGCUCUGAGGGAGUAUCGAAAGAAAAUGGACAUUCCAGCUAAAUUGAUUGUUUGUGGAAUGACAUCAAAUGGUUUUACCAUUGCAGACCCAGAUGAUAGAGGCAUGUUGGAUAUGUGUGGCUUUGAUACCGGAGCUCUGGAUGUAAUUCGAAAUUUCACAUUAGAUGUGAUUUAACCAUAAGCACCAGCAUGAUCUAAGAGGUCCAUUGCCAUCAGUGAUCUCGCUAAAAAUAUGUAGCUACUUCCCAGCUGAUCUUACUUAAUCCAGUGAUGAUAAGAUGAUAGUAUAGGAUGUGGGUAUGUUACCAAAAAACAAAAACAAAAAGGAAGGAAAAAUAAGAUGAGCCCAAAGUUCUGUCUACUAAACUAGUUCUUGGGAAAUAGCUUCAGCAUACACUGUAGCUCCUUCUGUCUAACAGAGAACUUCUUAUUGAUAGAUACCAUAAAAUAGUCAAACAGUUUUGCUGUGGUUAAUAAUUACAUUUAUACUUAAAAGAAGUAAGAGCCAAAAGUGUAAGUAGUUCCACAUCAUGUCACUUGUUUGAGAAGUGCUGAAAAUUUUCUUAAAUGUUUGCAUUGGAAAAGGACAGCUUUGGUAAUGUCCAAAUACUCUGAAAUGCACUGGACCAUGUAACUGUGAUGGAAUAUGAAAUUCAUCUGUAAAUUUUUAUACCAAGGGGUUUUUAAAAAAAAAAGACAUUUGAUUAAAUUAUGAAUGAGUUUUACAGAUUCCUUGGAGUUUUCUAAGAUCACAUAAAUAGCAGCUUUCAUACUCAAUGAAAAAGAUACUUUGAAUCUGAUAUUUUUACACUUGUAGGAUUGUUAACAUUAACAAGAAACAUGGUGGAGACCCCUGAGAAGAGACUAUAAAGUUUGUGUCAGGUGAGGGUCUAUCUGGUUUAUGUUUUGUUUGUUUUGGUGCAUUUUAUUGCUGAGUGGGGCAUGACUUCACAAUUUUUGCUAAAAUAUAACAUAUCCACAUGUAAUUACACUUUUUUCUCACACUCUUAAAUGAAAAGGACAUACAAUGUUUUAAUCAUUUAACUGCCCCACUCAUAAAUCCGAAAGUAUGACCAUUAGACUCUCAACUAUAACCAGAUUAGCUUUUUCCUUUAAAAUAAAUAUCAUUGUAAUUACCUUUAUUUUUUUAGCCUAUUGUAAAUGGGUUUUAGAUAUUUCCUAAUUGUAAACAUGUCAGUGACACAUCUUUUUGUCCAUUCAUUUGUGACAAAACAUUCUUUUUUGAUAGUGUAAAAAAAAUAAUACAAGCUAGAUCUUUCAGGUUUGAAAGUCAGCUUUUGAGUAACAU